AUGGCUGAUCAUCAGAACCCAUCUGAAGAGAACUUUGUGAACUUUUUCAAGGGCUGGCUUGUACGCCAACAAAGCUUCCUCAAACAGCUUCUCCACUCAAUUUCAUCGGACACCACAAACCAACAACAACAAACAAGCUUGAUUCAACAAGUCCUAGCUCAUUACCAAGAAUACUAUGACGAGAAAGCCAAAAUAGCUAGAAAUGAUGUAUUUCUCCUUUUCUGUCCUCUAUGGUUGAGUUCAUUCGAGCGAAGCUUGCUUUGGGUUGCUGGGUAUAAACCUUCUUUGGUUUUCAAAAUAGUUGAUGGUGCAGUUAAGGACUUAACGGCAGAGCAAACACUAAGAAUGGAAGAAGUGAAAGCUAAGACAGGGAAGAAAGAGAGAGCGCUGAUGGAGACAUUGGUGAGGUUUCAAGAAAGCGUGGCGGCACCGCCAAUGUUGGCGUUGGUAAGGCAGGUUGGGAGGCUUACGGAUGGUGAAAUAUCUAGCUUGGACUUAACAAUUGAGGCACUGAAGACAGCGAUGCUGCAAGUGAUAGAAGGUGUUGACUCGCUUUGCAAAUCCACUUUGCUCAGUUUCAUCUUCAAACAAGAAGGUGGGGAUUGCAAAGGGACUCGCAAAGAGCAACAACUGGCUUGGUGUGAGAUCAAUGGGAAGGGGAUGUUCAGUCAGUAG